AUGGAAGUGCCUGAUAUGGACAAAGAGAUCAAGGUGGACGGGGCAAAUGUAAAAUCACCAGAAUUACUGGUUGAAGCCAAACUUCCCCAUCCUGCGGCAGAUGUUGACGUGAAAGUGAAAAAGUCUAGAUUCUCAUUUCCCAAAUUCUCAUUACCCAAGCAAAGUAGCAAAGAAUCAGAAUUUGAUGUUGAUCUCCCGGAAGUUGAUGUUUCUGUUCCAGAAGGAAAACUGGAAAUCACUUCACCUAAAGUGGAGUUUCAACCACCAGAAGUUGAUGUCAAUAUCGAUGGCCAGGAAAGCAAAUUUAAAAUGCCAAAAUUUGGUAUAUCCAUGCCAAAAGUGAAAGGCCCUGAAAUUGAUAUAAGUUUAUCGAAGAAAGAAGGCGAGAUCAGACUCCCAAAGGCUGAAGUUGAACUUACAGAUGUUCAUGUGGAACUACCAUCAGCCCAAGUGGAAAUCGAAGGCCCGAAGAUUGAAGCUCAACCAGGCAGUGUUGACGGCUCUCCGUCAAAAUUCAAACUGCCAACAUUCAAAUUACCCAAAUUAGGGGUGGCUUUACCUCAGGUCAGUGUGGAAGUGCCCGAUAUGGAAAAAGGAAAAAUGGAAAUCACUUCACCUGAAGUGGAGUGUCAACUACCAGAUGUUGAUGUAAAUGUAGAUGGUCAGCAGAGUAAGUUUAAGGUGCCAAAAUUUGGCUUUUCUUUGUCAAAUGUGAAAGAACCUGGCAUCGAUUUGAGUUUAUCAAAGAAAGAAGCUGACAUCAGACUCCCAGAGGAUGUAGUUGAAAUCAGAGACGUUGAAAUCAAGUUACCAUCAGCAAAAGUGGAAAUCGAAGGCCCUAAGAUUGAAGCUCAACCAGGUAGCGUUGACGGCUCUCCAUCAAAAUUCAAACUGCCAACAUUCAAAUUACCCAAAUUCGGGGUUGCUUUACCGCAGGUAAGUGUGGAAGUGCCUGAUAUGGAAAAAGGAAAAAUGGAAAUCACUUCACCUAAAGUGGAGUUUCAACCACCAGAAGUUGAUGUAAGUGUAGAUGGCCAGGAAAGCAAAUUUAAAAUGCCAAAAUUCGGUAUAUCCAUGCCAAAAGUGAAAGGCCCUGAAAUUGAUAUAAGUUUAUCGAAGAAAGAAGGCGAGAUCAGACUCCCAAAGGCUGAAGUUGAACUUACAGAUGUUCAUGUGGAACUACCAUCAGCCCAAGUGGAAAUCGAAGGCCCUAAGAUUGAAGCUCAACCAGGCAGUGUUGACGGCUCUCCAUCAAAAUUCAAACUGCCAACAUUCAAAUUACCCAAAUUCGGGGUGGCUUUACCGCAGGUCAGUGUGGAAGUGCCUGAUAUGGACAAAGAGAUCAAGGUGGACGGGGCAAAUGUAAGUGUGGAAGUGCCUGAUAUGGAAAAAGGAAAAAUGGAAAUCACUUCACCUAAAGUGGAGUUUCAACCACCAGAAGUUGAUGUAAAUGUAGAUGGCCAGGAAAGCAAAUUUAAAAUGCCAAAGUUCGGCAUCUCCAUGCCAAAGGUCAAAGGCCCUGAAAUUGAUACAAGCUUAUCGAAGAAAGAAGGCGAGAUCAGACUUCCAGAGGCUGAAGUUGAAAUCCAAGAUGUUCAUGUGGAACUACCAUCAGCUCAAGUGGAAAUCGAAGGCCCGAAGAUUGAAGCUCAACCAGGUAGCGUUGACGGCUCUCCAUCAAAAUUCAAACUGCCAACAUUCAAAUUACCCAAAUUCGGGGUGGCUUUACCGCAGCAAAGUAGCAAAGAAUCCGAAUUUGAUGUUGAUCUCCCGGACGUUGAUGUUUCUGUUCCAGAAGGAAAACUGGAGAUCACUUCACCUAAAGUGGAGUUUCAACCACCAGAAGUUGAUGUAAGUGUAGAUGGCCAGGAAAGCAAAUUUAAAAUGCCAAAGUUCGGCAUCUCCAUGCCAAAGGUCAAAGGCCCUGAAAUUGAUACAAGCUUAUCGAAGAAAGAAGGCGAGAUCAGACUCCCAAAGGCUGAAGUUGAACUUACAGAUGUUCAUGUGGAACUACCAUCAGCCCAAGUGGAAAUCGAAGGCCCGAAGAUUGAAGCUCAACCAGGCAGUGUUGACGGCUCUCCGUCAAAAUUCAAACUGCCAACAUUCAAAUUACCCAAAUUAGGGGUGGCUUUACCUCAGGUCAGUGUGGAAGUGCCCGAUAUGGAAAAAGGAAAAAUGGAAAUCACGUCACCUGAAGUGGAGUGUCAACUACCAGAUGUUGAUGUAAAUGUAGAUGGUCAGCAGAGUAAGUUUAAGGUGCCAAAAUUUGGCUUUUCUUUGUCAAAUGUGAAAGAACCUGGCAUCGAUUUGAGUUUAUCAAAGAAAGAAGCUGACAUCAGACUCCCAGAGGAUGUAGUUGAAAUCAGAGACGUUGAAAUCAAGUUACCAUCAGCAAAAGUGGAAAUAGAAGGUCCUAAGAUUGAAGCUCAACCAGGCAGUCUUGAUGGAUCUCCUUCUAAAUUCAAACUACCAACAAUAACAUUUCCCAAAUUUUUAUUAUCCAAGCAAAGCGAUGCUGAAAUGAAUCUACAGUCUCCUAAAGAGGAACUCAGAGGUGCAAAGAUUGAAGCCAAAAAAGGUGGUGUUGAAGGAUCGCCAUCAAAAUUUAAACUCCCAUCUUUGAAAUUACCUAAAUUUGGAGGUUCUCCAACAAAGGUUUGUGUUGAAGUGCCUGACGUGGAAGCAGGCAGUGAAAUUGAUAGCAUGAAGCUGGAGAUACCUGAAGAUGGCGUAAAGACGGCUGUUUCUGCACCCAGCAUUGACACUGACGACCUGUCUGCGGAAGUCAAAACCAAAGGAGGUGAAAUUGAAGGACCGGGAAUUCAACUGAAACCAUUGCCAGAUCUUCAUGCCGAGUUCAAACUGUCGGAUGUUGAAGUUGAACCAUUGGAAAGUAUCAUCUCACCGCCAGAAGCACCGAAGAUGAGGAAGGGGAUGAAGAACGAUAGCGCGAGUCCCGUCUCUCCAAGCAGAUUCAAACUGCCAUCCUUCAAAAUGCCAACGCUUGCAUUUUCACCACAAAAAACAGAAGGCAAAAGUGGCUCACCUGAGACAGAAUAUCAAGACAAUCAACCAGAGACGAAAACUGAAUUGAACGUAGAUGGUAAAUCACCACAAGCCACUUCCACAUCCUUUGGAGAUGUCCGAAAAAAUGUUGGAGUUGAAUUACCAACGGCACAAAGACAACAAGCGGAUGAACAUCCAGACACCUCGGAGAAGGAAAAGGACACAAAGGACAAACAGACAAAGCAACAAGCCACCAAAACUCCUGAGCGGACCGGACGGUUUCCAACAUUUGGGCUCGCCUCGCCUUCAGAACCUUCUUCAACUCCCCAAAAAGGUGACGAGAAGGCUCAAAAGAGCCCAUCAGGAGAAAGCGAGUUCGACGUCAGCCCUACCUUUUCCGUGCAGUCGUCAGACAUUUUCGCUGACAUCAGCUCAACAAUGACAAGCGAGUAUGUCAGUUUUCCCUCAUCUUCUCCGACCAAAGUAACGGUCAAAUACUCUGAUCCGAACUUACCUCCGAAACUCAGAGAGAUGAACGUUGUAACCUCCACUGCCAGGUCUGAGCUCAUUACGGUCGAGCCGGACUUACCCGAGAAGAUCACCGUCCUGUCCUCUGAGGUCUCGUCUUCCUCCGAGGAAACUCUCAGACUGCCGUCGGGGAAAAUACACGUCUUUACGUCCAGUGUACAAUCAGGCCCUGAAUCGCAGCUCACCAAAGUUCUGUCCAAGGUCCAGUCAACUGGUGAGACCAGCCAGAUUUCAUCAUCAUGGACGGUGGAGAGUUCUCAGAGUAGCAGGACAUUGUCUCAGAAACGAAUUGUCCGUGAAACAUCGCGCGAAAGCACAGAAACCUUCGUCGUUACCAAACAAAUCACCAAAACGUUUGAGCCCGCCGAGUUCUUCGCAGACGACGAGACGGCUUCGUCCAUCCAGCGACUCCGAGAAUCCGUUCGCUCGGAGAAGAUGAGAUUUUUUGACGGUGCUGAGAAGUGAGGCGCUAGCUAAAUCAACUUCAAUGGUUAAAAACAAAACAAAAACAAAAAAAAGGGCCAUUUGUCAGUGUCUAGUGAACCGCGGGGAUUCAUGGAAAUGCAUGUUGCCGAACGAAAAAAAAACAAAACAAAAACAAAGAUGGUCAAAUGUUGCUGGCAUAAGAAAAA